GCACAUUUUUGGACCCCCUUGAGGAAGUAGACACGGAAAUGUCUUCGGAUCUGUGAGAAGUUGGCAAAUAUUUAUUUAUACUUGUAUUUUGUGUUGAUUCAAGUAAAAUGGACAGAUUCACAUGGUCAAAUGGUCUUCUGGAAAUGAAUGAAACAUUGGUGAUUCAACAACGAGGUGUCAAACUUUAUGACGGAGAAGACAAGGCCAAGUUGGAUGUUGGAAUUGCUCUGCUGAGUACUCACCAGUUAAUAUGGAGGGACCUGAAGAAUCAUGAAUGCUGCAUAGCCAUACCCCUUUCUCAGAUCAUCUACUUUGAGGAACAAGCUGCGGGUAUCGGAAAGAGAACACCCCCUCUCUCUCUUGGCUAUUUCUUCAGGAGGCUGACCGAGGAGUUGAGCCAGAAGAGAUGGGAGAGUACGCCCAUGUCACAACCCAUCCCUACGGCAACCAACUCACAGACAGGAAGGACGCGAGCGGUGGGGAUCGUUGGCAUCGAGAGGAAGAUAGAGGAGAGGAGGAAAGAGACAGAGAAAAAUAUCUCAGAGGCCUUUGAGGACCUCAGUAAGCUGAUGGUGAAGGCGAAGGAGAUGGUGGAGCUGUCCAGGUCCAUCGCCAACAAAAUCAAAGACAAGCAGGGAGACAUCACAGAGGAUGAGACUAUCCGGUUCAAAUCCUACCUGCUCAGUAUGGGUAUAGCCAACCCCGUUACCAGGGAGACGCACGGCUCAGGUACCCACUACCACCUACAGCUGGCCAAGCAGCUGGGAGACAUUCUGCUGGCACCACUAGAGGAGCGUGGUGGGAUGAUGGCUCUGACUGAAGUGUACUGUCUGGUCAACAGAGCUAGGGGAAUGGAGCUGCUGUCUCCAGAGGAUUUGGUGAAUGCCUGUAAGAUGUUUGAGUCGCUGAAGCAACCACUGAGGUUGCGUAUCUUUGACAGUGGUGUGAUGGUGGUUCAGCUGCAGUCCCACAGUGAGGAGGAGAUGAUCUCUUCGGCCCUGGACAACGUAACUGAUAAAGGCUCUCUGACAGCUGAGGAGUUUGCCAAGCUGCUCGGUCUCUCUGUUCUUCUGUCUAAAGAAAGGUUGUUACUAGCAGAGAAGAUGGGUCACCUGUGUAGAGACGACUCCGUGGAAGGACUACGGUUCUACCCCAACCUUUUCAACAGUCAGGCUUGAUGUAAACGCGUCCAAAUAGUACCCUAGUCCCAGUAUAGUGCACUGCUUUUGACCAGGGGUCCAUAGGGUUUUAGUGCACUAUAAUCGGUUCUACUAAAAACUCUUCUCCACUCAUGUCUGAUCUGAGGACAGCAUGUGUUGUGGGUUCAACGACUGGCAAACCAAACCCCACUUCUCAGUUGUACCGGGUAUACUACGAAGCAGGAUCAAUGAGUUAGCCAACUAACUUGCCUAAAUACUCUGAAAUUAUAUUCUCAACAUGCUUUUUUUUUUUUUUUUUUGAGAAAGAUACAUUUAAAAUGGACAUGGUCUAAUAAUUUUAUUCAGAUAAUCUCUCAGUUUAACUUUCUUAACGAAUCAGAAAAUUCAAAAGAUAUUUCUGUUUGUUGAUUUUAAAGUUACCCGACCAACUAGUUGAUCCUGCAUUGUAGCAGAGCCCUCCGUAUCCAUGGUUACUGCGUUGUGUUGAUACAGUAGAAAAGAGAAGGGUGACAUCUAUCCCAGACCUCACCUUGCUAGCACAAAGGGUGUUGUUCCUACGACUGUUCUCUGGACUCUCUAGAGCCGUUUGGGCCUUAGAGCGCUGGAGGAAAGUCAAAUGUAUCAGAAUAUAUCUCGUCUCCUUAGUCCCAGACAACAAUAAUCUAGAAUAGAUGUGAAUGGUUAAUAAGGUAAAGGUUUUUUUUCCCGUGUAUUGGAUAAUAAGGUUAACGUUGUCUGUCUCGAUGCUUUCAGUUUGAUAUCAGGUCUGUAUCUGACAUCAUCAACAUUGUACCUAGUGUUGGAUCUCGGUAACACUGUGGAACUAAGUUGUAAAAUACCAAACUUCUCGUUUGAAUGUGUAAAGUGUGUUUACUGUUGAAACCUUUUACAGGUGCAACGUCUCAGUACGUCUGAAACCUCCUUUUUGAAGAGAGUCUUAAAUAACUCUCACGUUGUACCCAUCACCCCAUGCAAUGUGUUCCUUUACUUGAUAAAGACUGGGUAACAUAAUGGUCAA